AUGCGGCGAUAUUCCAAGAACAACACCUCUGAGAGCUCUAAAGAAAUUUGUGUGUGGGCUUGGGAGCUUCUCACUCAAGUAUUCAAACUUCCUUCUGACCGUCUCUAUGUAACAUACUUUGGCGGUGACAAAGCAGCUGGUCUGGAACCAGAUGAAGAAUGCAGAGAAAUUUGGAUCAGCAUAGGCCUUGCACCUUCUCAUGUAUUACCUGGCUGCAUGAGAGACAAUUUUUGGGAAAUGGGAGACACUGGCCCUUGUGGGCCUUCUUCGGAACUCCAUUUCGAUCGAAUUGGUGGGCGUAAUGCAGCUCACCGAGUGAAUACCAAUGACCCUGAUGUCAUAGAAAUUUGGAAUAUUGUUUUUAUGCAGUUUAAUAGAGAAGUAGAUGGAAGUUUGAAAUCACUUCCCAGAAACCAUGUUAACUGCGGAAUGGGGCUGGAACGCCUGGUUUCUGUUAUCCAACAGAAACAUUCAAACUAUGAUACGGAUCUCUUCAUGCCUCUGUUUGCUGCAAUUCAACAAGGCACAGGAGUACCACCAUACAGAGGUUAUGUUGGUGAAGAUGAUGUGAAUGGCAUUGACAUGGCUUAUCGUGUGGUGGCAGACCAUGCCCGAACCCUGACAAUAGCUUUGUCUGAUGGAGGACGUCCUGGUAACACUGGCCGAGGCUAUGUGUUAAGGCGCAUUCUGCGACGAGCUGUGAGAUAUGCAGCUGAGAAGCUGAAUGCUAACCCUGGUUUCUUUGCAACACUUGUUAACACAGUUGUUGAGAUUCUAGGGGAUACAUUCCCAGAGGUUAAGAAGGAUCCACAGAGUGUUAUAGAUUUGAUCAAUGAAGAAGAAACACAGUUCCUUAAAACUUUGACUCGAGGUCAUAACUUGCUGAACCGAACCAUUAUGAAGCUGGGAAAUUCUAAAACUCUUCCAGGUGAUGUGGCAUGGAGACUGUAUGAUACAUAUGGAUUCCCAGUCGAUUUAACACAGCUGAUGUGUGAGGAGAAGGGUUUUACUGUUGACAUUAAUGCAUAUGAGGAAGCGAAGAAACAAGCCCAGAUUUUAUCACAAGAGAAAGGUGGACGGUAUGAUGAUAAAAUUAUCUUGGAUAUCCAUGCCAUCACUGAACUUCAUGAUCAGAAUGUCCCUCUGACAGAUGAUUCACCAAAGUACAAUUACUGUGCCAAAUCUGAAGAUAAGGAUUCAGAGUAUGAGUUUGAUGUUUGUAUUGCCAAGGUGUUAAAACUGUGGCAUUCCAAGNAAUCUGGUUUGAAACCAAUGUCUCGGCUUGAUUUCUACAUCAAAAUUAUAGAAUCUCUAGGUGAAGAAUGGAUGCAGGAGAGAACAAAUGUACCUACAGCUGGACCAUCAGAUGGAGGGGAAAAUAAGGAGAAAUUUUUGAGAAAGUUGCCCCCAGGUACACAAAAGGAUUGCUAUGACAAUGAAUUUUCUUCAUCUUCCAGAUGUAAUAUCUGCCAUUAUUUUAAGGUCAUAUGGGAAGUUGGGAGAAACAAUCAGUCUUUAAGCAUUUCAUGUAUUGCUAUGCUUAAUGUUGUUUUCUUUCUGCAGAAUGUAGAAUUCUCUGUAAAGAAUGUACAGAUCACAGGAGGAUAUGUGCUACAUAUUGGUACAGUAGAAGGGAUACUUUGUGAAGGAGAUGAGGUAUCAUUACACCUCGACACACCUCGGAGACGCCUAGUGAUGAACAGCCACACAGGAGCUCAUGUGUUGAAUUUUGCUUUGCGAGCUGUGUUGGGGACAGAGGCAGAUCAGAAAGGUUUCCUUGCAACACCUGACAGAAUACGUUUUGACUUCCAAAAGAAGGGUGCAAUGUCUGUUGAGCAAGUAAAGGCUACAGAAGUUCAUUCCAAUGCUGUGAUAGAUAAAAAUGAACCUGUAUAUGCUAAAGAAGCUAGCUUGGCUGUUGCAAAAACAAUCCAAGGCGUCCGUGCAGUAUUUCAAGAGACCUAUCCGGAUCCUGUCAGAGUGGUGUCUAUAGGAAUCCGCGUUGAAAAGUUGGAAGAGGACCCUUGUGGACCAGCAGGCAAUACUACUUCAGUUGAAUUUUGUUGUGGGACGGGAGUGAGAUAUCACAAUAUCCAAGUGCCUGAGAUGCUCCCCGAAACUUCUGGAAAAUACCAAGACAUCGUCCAUGUAAAACACAAUGAACUCAUCAGUCUCACCACCAAAGGCCAAUUUCAGGGCUCUGACAAAUCGGAUAGUGAAUUUGGGAACCCAUACGGCGUGCGUGUGUACUGGUACACUGUAGAAUCGAACAAGAAUGCAGUGUACUUCCGGGAGUCUCUGUGCAGUGGAAUUUCCCUCCGCGCUCUGGAGGCUAGGUUGCGACUCUGUCCGUACUUCCUCUUGGCCCCUUCGGUGUGGUCCCUGACAGCUGUGGUGGCCGUCAUCUGCGCUGCUGUGGCAUUCAUAGUUUCUGAUGAAGAUUUUACUUUAUUUAGACAUUUACAUCAUGCUGGCCAUGUUGGAAAAUUUGUUAUUGCAAGUGAAGAAGCAGUUUCCAAGGGUAUCAGAAGAAUUGUGGCCCUCACAGGAGCUGAAGCUUCAAAGGCUUUAAAGAAGACAGAGCUGCUUGAAAAAGAGUUGAACAAGUUUAUUUCGUUGCUGAACGGUGGCCAUAGUGAAAUCAGCAGUGAGGACCUUAAGGAAAAGAUUGUCAAACUCACAGAUGAUGUCUCCCAUGCAACCAUACCGUACUGGAAGAAGGAGGAAAUGAGGACAAAUUUGAAUCAUCUGAGGAAGCAGUUAACUGACAAGGAUCAAGCCAGAACAGCUGAAAUUACCGCUAAUGUUUUAGAAGAAGUUAAGGCCCUCCUUGCUGGUAACCCGAAGGCACUCGUCAUUGUGCAAGAGCUGAAAGCUUAUUCCAGUAAAAAGGCGCUUGAUAGGGCUCUGAAGCAAGUAAAAGCAUUGUCUGCAGAAACAUCUGCUAUGUUCUUCAGUGUAGACUCAGAAGCAAAAAAGAUAGUGUGCCUUUCAGCAGUGCCUGAAAGUGCUGUGAACAGAGGACUGAAGGCCAAUGAGUGGGUACAACAAGUGUCAGGGCUUAUGCAAGGGAAGGGCGGAGGUAAGCCUGAGGCAGCCCAGGCGUCCGGGUCAAAUGUUUCUUGCCUGCAGGAGGCUCUUGGAAUUGCUGCACAGUUUGCAAAUGCUAAAUUAAAUAGCAGCAGCUGAAGUGACAAAUGAUCCUGUGUUACUUAGGCCAUCUAACUGUUAUGGAAACCAUUCAGGCUGGAAAGAAGUAAUGUGAUGACACAUUAGUGGCUAACAUUAGCUCAGGGACCAGGUGUACAUUUGUUUUAUAUAAUUUCCAUUCAAGGAAGUGGCCCUUGAAAUAUAAGUGUUCACAUUUACAAGUGAAGGUGUAUAAACAGUUCACAUAAUUAAAUUAAUUAUAUAUAAGAGAGCUGAUCAACUUCCUUACAUGUACACUGAAACCUGCAUUUAGGG